AUGGAAAUUGCUACACGCCGCCGCCACCACAACGCUCCGAAGUACUUCAAAUGUCCAUCUUGUGAUCACAUCAUGGAUCGAAAGAGCAAUAUGAAUCGACACAUCAUAAAGAUGCACACGAAGGAGAGGUGGUCUCAUUGCUGCAAUAAACUCUUUACCACCAAGGGAGACCUUCGUCUUCACCAGAAAACUGUGCACGGGAAUGGUUACGUCUGCUCCACUUGCAACAAGACCUUCAGCAGGAAGGCCAACAGUGAUAGGCACAACUUUAAACACACUACAAAGAAGCCUUUCAAGUGUCAGCAUUGUCCCUACGGCACCAGCAGCAAAUAUAAUCUUCAGAGGCACAUCAAGCUGAAGCACUCCGUUCUGCCCAAAGCCCCUGAACCGCAGCCGGAGAUCCAAGCCCCUGAGCCACAACCGGAAAUCCAGGUCCCUGCACCACAGCCUCUUCCCGGAUCGCCAGAAAAGAACCAGCAACGCUCCCACACACAAGAAGGACCGGGUCUUGCCUUGCGACAGGGAAUGCCAGUGGCCCGAGAUGUUACACACCAGCCAGUGGCUCCUCACCGCGCUUUAAAGGAAAGCCGUCACUCUUUCAGAGAAGGGUCGGCCUUUAUCUUCCACCAAGAGUUAUCAGAACCCGAAUUCCCCCACCAACCAAACCCGAGUCACUACACGCAACGAGACCCAACACCCCAACCAGGCCCUAGUCGCUACACGCCACAAGACCCGACAUUCCAGCCAAGCCCUAGUCACUACACGCCACAAGACCCGACAUUCCAGCCAAGCCCUAGUCACUACACGCCACAAGACCCGACAUUCCAGCCAAGCCCUAGUCAUUACAAGGCAGAAGACCCGACGCCCCCGCCAGGCCCUAGUCAUUACAAGCCAGAAGACCCGACAUUCCAGCCAAGCCCUAGUCACUACACGCCACAAGACCCGACAUUCCAGCCAAGCCCUAGUCGCUACACGCCACAAGACCCGACAUUCCAGCCAAGCCCUAGUCGCUACACGCCACAAGACCCGACAUUCCAGCCAAGCCCUAGUCACUACACGCCACAAGACCCGACAUUCCAGCCAAGCCCUAGUCACUACACGCCACAAGACCCGACAUUCCAACCAAGCCCUAGUCACUACACGCCACAAGACCCGACAUUCCAGCCAAGCCCUAGUCACUACACGCCACAAGACCCGACAUUCCAGCCAAGCCCUAGUCACUACACGCCACAAGACCCGACAUUCCAGCCAAGCCCUAGUCACUACACGCCACAAGACCUGACAUUCCAGCCAAGCCCUAGUCACUACACGCCACAAGACCCGACAUUCCAGCCAAGCCCUAGUCACUACACGCCACAAGACCCGGCAUUCCAGCCAAGCCCUAGUCACUACACGUCACAAAAUCCGACGCCCCAGCCAGGCCCAAGCUACCACAGAACAGAGGAGAGUCAUCACUCCUUCGAGUACGUCUCACAGUGGCUUACCCCGCCUACAGAGGAGCUUGAGCCCCAAGCAUACUAUCAAGAGCAGGAUGACCCAUUACCUCUGGAUCUACGAAAAUACUCACCAGGUAGGUUUUCCCUUGUAUUUGUAUUUUGA